UGCAAACUUAAAAGACUACUCAGGUCAUAAAAAUAUUUAGUUUAUUUGGAGAAUUCAAAAAGUUAGCACCGGUAUGAGAGUCUUCGGAACUAUUUUUCUGUUGGCAAUUUUAGCCCUAGAUGUGUGCAAUGCAGUAAAAUGUGUUUUAACGUGUCAUACAUCAGCUGGCGACUACGAAGUCAUUGAGAUAUAAGUUGUGUGCGAUCUUUAAAACUAUAAAUUCGCUUUAAAUGAAUGUUGGAUAAUUCUGCAAUAAAAUAUAUAUUGGAUUUAAAAUCAUUAUUCAUACCUGUGGAAACAGAUGAAUAAUUUACGCUAUUAUUAUUGGUAGUAUUGA